CUCUACAAAAUAAUCAUUCUCAUUUUAUCCCAAAAAAUAUUCCCUUCUAAUUCCUAUUUAUACUUCAAACCAGCUAUAUUAUUCUUAUUAUUUUCACCUAAAAUUAUCCAUUCCAAAAUCAUCCAAAUUACACCAAAUCAAUUAAUCCAUACAUAACAGUGUUUGCGUUGUUGACAUAAUUGUUUGCGUCAAAAAUGGCGGCAGCAGUGACUCAGGCAGCCAUGGGAGGUUCUUCUUCGUCGCAUUUUCUGAAGAACAAGAAGAAAUUUCAGAAGAGAAAUCUUAUGAAUCGCGUCGCAUUUGUUUCAGCUUCUGCGACGGCCACUACAUUCGCUGAUCCUUACCAAACUCUUAGUCUUCACCGCGACGCUUCUGAAUCUGAGGUCAAGAAAGCUUUCCGACGCCUUGCUUUGAAGUAUCAUCCAGAUGUGUGCAGAGAAGAUAAUUGCACAGUCAAGUUUCACCAGAUUAAUGAAGCUUAUGAUAUGGUGAUCAGUAAUAUAAGAGGAGAAAGCAAAGUGCAAGAAAUGGAAGCAUAUUAUGAUCCAGAUGAACAAUUUAGAGGAAUGGAAGACUCAGAAUGGGAUAUGUGGGAAGAGUGGAUGGGUUGGGAAGGUGCUGGAAUCAGAGAUUACUCCUCUCAUAUUAAUCCAUACAUCUAAUUUAUUUUUUAAAAAAGAUGUGUUGUGUUGAUUAACUGAUCAAGUACAUAAGGAUUUAGUGAUAAUGGUUAAUUUUGUACAUUAGAUAAUGUAUUUUCGAGUUUUAUGAGCUUGGGGAACCAAACCAAAUUGAAAUUGGUCUCAAACUUGCUCCGUUUUUUUUUUUGUACAUACUUUUUAGAUGUUUAAUAAAAUCUUGGUUAGCUAGCACAUUGUUGGUAAUUUGCUUGUAACCAACGUGACAUAAAUGGAAUGCAAAGUGAUUGUGGUUUUUCUAA